AUGCGAGUAAACAACCAUGUAGUUGAUGAUCUGAUUGAUUGGUCAAACACGCCGAACGAUCCCAUGUUCAAAUUGAGUAUUCCGCAGCCAGAAAUGCUCGCGCCAAACGACCUAGAUUCCAUCUUAACAGCAAUGAAGCGACCUGGCGCAUCAAAAGUGGAAAUGCGGGCCAUCUCCGAGUCGAUACGAGAGCGUAUGAAUCCUCAUCCAGCGGACCAGAAGGAAGAAAACGUGCCUCAGCUUGAUGGAGUGCCUGUUCAGGGCUUGCAGCACAAAUACCGUGAAACCGUCCUUUUUUUCCCUUCGGAGGGUCAGUACUGUCACGCAUUUUGCACAUACUGUUUCAGAUGGGCGCAGUUUUCGUCCGUCGGCUCUGACCAAGCCUUCAAGUCAUCAGAUCGGAAUCUGAUUCGACAAUAUAUCCAAAGACACCCAACGGUCACAGAUGUCCUGUUCACCGGAGGAGAUCCAAUGGUCAUGUCCGCAUCAACCUUACGGCACUACACAGAGGUCCUUUUCGGCCCAGACAGCCCGCCUCAUCUAGACACCAUCCGAAUCGGGACAAAAUCAUUAGCGUGGUGGCCAUAUCGCUUUGUGGCUGAUGCUGAUGCCAAAGAGACGCUGCAACUGUUUUCAGAAAUUGUGAAAUCGGGCAAGCAUCUCACCAUACAGGCCCAUUUCAGCCACUUGAGAGAAGUAGAGCAUCCCGUGGCCCAGGAAGCUAUCCGACUCAUUCGCAUGACCGGCGCCCAGGUCCGCUCGCAGGCACCCCUCAUCAGGCACGUCAAUGAAGAUCCUGUCAUGUGGGAAUCUAUGUGGAAGCUUCAAACAAGACUCGGCGUGAUCCCUUAUUACAUGUUUGUAGAGCGUGACACGGGUGCGCGUGAGUAUUUCUCGGUGCCACUCGCAAGAGCCUUGGAAGUCUUCAAUACGGCGUACUCGCGCCUGCCCGGUACUUCACGAACGGUUCGCGGGCCCUCGAUGUCAGUAAGCCCGGGUAAAGUUUUGGUUUUGGGCAAGGCAUUCAUAGACAAUCAGGAAGUCUUUGUGCUCAAGUUCUUGCAAAGUCGAAAUCCGAGGUGGAGCGAAAGAGUGUUUUUUGCAAAAUUCGAUCCUCAUGUGUCAUGGUUCGAUGACCUUAAGCCAGCAUUUGGCGAGACGGCGUUUUUCUUUGAACCUCAGUAUCUACAACAAAAGAAAAGGGUUGAUGAGGGCUCAUCAGGUCAGCUCAGUGAUGACGAUUGGGGUCCAGGAACACAUUUUGCAUGA